AUGUCGGCACCGUGGACUCGCGUGCCUGGUGGCGGCGCUUCGGCAUCAGGUCCCACAGGCAGAGGAUCAAACGACAGCGCUACGCUCAACCAACCCGUCCGCACCUAUGACGCUCCUCUCUCCGGACAGCCCGUCAGCUCGACCAGCUACUAUGACCACGUCGCCGACUAUCCCUCGGAAAAGGAGUACGAGAGCUACCCGUCCAAUUACGGCGGGUCCGGUCAGUGGGCUCCCUCGCCCAACGACGGCGGCUCCGACCUUUCCACCACCUAUCCCCCCACGCAACCUGCACCGCAGCAACGCAGGCAUGACUACUCGCAUUCGACCGACAUGUCCACUCGUCUCCAAGCCGCUAUGAACAAGGGCGCAUCCGCUGCAUCCGCCAAGCGUCCCGGCUACCAGCGCCAGGACAGCGAUUCGUGGGAGCGCCUCCUCAAAGGCGCCGGCUACUCGCACGACAGUGCUAACUCGAGUUUUGUCGGUCUCAACGGCCAUUACACAGCAGGCCCCCAGCUUGGUCACCCAUCUGUUCGACUCGUUCUCUACAUUCUCGUCCCCACCCUCCUCUUUUGGAUCCCCGGAAUCCUUGCUCUGCUCCUUUACGAUGCACGCCCUGCCAACCAGUUCAAGAAGCCCACCGUGCUAGACGUCGGUAUCUUCUGGUGGUCCAUUUGGCUGAGCUCCAUCUGGAUCGGCUGGUGGGCGUGCCGCGUUGGUGCUAUCCUCAUCCCUCGCGUCCUUCGAUGGACCGUAGGUAACCUCCACCAAAAGAUGCGACGCUACACCGAAUUUCUCAUUGUCACGGAAAAGUACGUUGCCUUCUUCCUUUGGACCAUCCUCCUAGUUGCGCUCUGGUUCGCCAUCGUCAUCGGUAACUUCCAGGGUGCUGACAAGGCAGCCAUCGAAUCGGCAUCGCUCUCCCCGACAAAUUCGACCUCAACUACCGGCUCGUCCUCCUCCUCUGGUAGCGGCACCACCGUCAUCACACAAAAGAACAACGACAGCUCAUGGCCGUCCACCAGCGACAUUAUGCUCUCCGGCUACCGUCUCUGGUUCGGUGUCUGUCUCAGUGCUGCUAUCUUGCUCGCAGAGAAGCUCUUCAUUCAGGGCAUCGCCUACAACUUUCAUCGUGUCUCGUACGAGGAUCGCAUCUCGACGUCCAAGUUCAACAUCAAGGUGCUCACCACGCUCUACGAAAAUUCCAAGAACAUCCAACGCAAGGACACCUACAUGGCUGCCGAGCACGAAGCCAAAAGCAAGACGGCUGGCCUCCACUUGGCACGCCAGCGUCUGCGCAAGACCGGUCAGAAGGUGCGAGAUGCAGCGUUGCAAAGCACCAGCGUGCUCGGCACCGUCGCAAGCGAAAUCGCGGGUCAAGGCGUGCUGCAACCUGGGAACCCUCGCUCUGUGGUCGUCUCGUCACUCAAUUCACGCAAGCAAACGCAGGCGCUCGCACGAAGGAUAUGGUACAGCUUCUGUCCGCCUGGCAAGUCGGAGCUCAUCGUCGACGACAUUAUCCACUGCUUCCCUGAUGCAGUCACUGCCGAGAUUGCCUUUGAAAUCUUUGACCGCGAUCUCAACGGUGACAUCACCAAGGACGAGCUUGAGGCCGCCUGCCUCGAGAUCCAUCGUGAGCGCCUGACAUUGCAGCUCUCGAUGCGCGACGUCGACUCUGCCGUUGGCCGACUGGAUUCCAUCUUUAUGAGCGUGUUUAUCCUCAUUGCUGCUAUCAUCAUCGCUGCCAUGCUAUCGGUCGCCUUCAGCACCCUCGUCACCUCGUUCGGCACGCUCAUCCUCGGUCUCUCGUGGCUCAUUGGAACCACUGCGCAGGAGACCCUCGGCGCCAUCAUUUUCCUCUUCAUCAAGCACCCGUACGAUGUCGGCGAUCGAGUCGAUGUCGGCGAUGACCAGUAUAUCGUCAAGGAGAUGCGUCUGCUCACCACCGUGUUCAAGACGACCAACGGCAAGAAUGUUAUGAUCAGUCACAGCCAGCUUGCCACCAAGCCCAUUGUCAACCUGCGCCGAUCGGGUGCCAUCGAAGAGACGUUCAAGUUUGAGGUCGCUUACUCCACCUCGUUCGCACAGAUCGAGGCGCUACGAACCAAAAUGGUGCACUGGCUCGAAGGCGAGAAGCGCGACUUUUUGCCCGGCCUCGACAUCAACGUGGUCGACUUUCAGGAGCAGGGCAGUCUGCUGCUCUCGGCUGGCAUUCGAUACAAGUCCAACUGGCAGCAGGGUGGGCUCAAGGCACAGAGACGCAACCGCUGGUUGUGCCAGCUCAAGGUCUUCUUGGCCGAAUGCCGCAUCUAUGGCCCCAAAGGCGAUCCCAAAGAGACCCCCUUCAACCACGUCACCUUGGUGCCCUACCCGCCGCCCGAGUCGGCCAACACUUUCACUACCGCAGAGGCGGGCGUACAGAGCACGCUGGGCGCUGGUGAGCGUCCGUACAAGUUUAUGGAUGCAGGCGCCACAUUUGGUGGCCACGACGUGUUUGACGAUGUUGGACCCGAAGGUGGCACUGCUCCGGGAACGGCUCCGCCUUCGCGACCGCUAUCCCCCGCCAACGCGCUCGAGCAAGGCCGAAGGCGAAGCCGAAGCCCUGCCGGCAUACCCACCUCCUCCGCCGGUUCAGCACCGCCCUACGCACUCUCUCGCCGCACUGCCGGCAUGGGGGAGUCAUACGAGCUAACAGACCAGCCUCGUCGCAUCUAG